UUCAGGGGACAGAAGCGGGGCCUCAGGGGCUGGCCCCUCUGGAGGCUCUGCCCACCCCUACAGCUGCCCAGCUGCAAACAGCUGCGUGGACUUUCCUUUGGUUCAAUCCCAAUUCACUGGGGGGUGGGAGAAGAAAGCUGCCAACUAGGCAGGGCUGCCAAAGGAGCUGAAAGGAACAGGCAGAUGCAAUCUUUGCACAGGGAAGCCCCCCUGGGAAAGGACAAGAGUGGGAGAAAGUCCCCUGCCCCCCCAGCUCCCAGGGAUGGCAGGAGUGUAGCUGUUCUGAAUGCAGCUCAGGGCACUGGGCAGAGCCCCCCCAGACUGGGAGGUCACUGAAGAGGGGGCUCCUGCUGGGAGAGUCUCCCCAGGGCAAGCUAGGAUGUGUGUCCACGCCUGGAGCACCAUCUCAGCUCAUUUUCUCUAAGCAAUACAACUUCACGGACAGCUACCUAGCCAGCCCUCCUCUCUCCCAUCAUGGACCUACCAGGCUGCGCGCCGCCCGCCCUUUGAGGACGCCGUGCCGCGGAGGAGGAGGAGGAGGAGGACCUAGCCCCCUUGGCACCCCCCCGCCCCCGGGGCCGGAGAGCGGCGGAGGGCAGAGGCGCAGCCCCCAUGCCGGCGCCCGGGCGGAGCGGGAGCGGGAGCGGCUGCCGGGCCGUGCCGAGGAUGCCGCGGCGGCGGAGGGGGGCGGCGGCGGAGCCCGCGGGCUGCUGCUCCUGCCUGGCGGCGGCGCUGCCCCUGCUGCUGCUGCUGCUGCCCGCCGGCUGCCCGGUGCGGGCGCAGAACGACACGGAGCCCAUCGUGCUGGAGGGCAAGUGCCUGGUGGUGUGCGACUCCAGCCCGUCGGCGGACGGCGCCAUCACCUCUUCGCUCGGCAUCUCCGUGCGCUCGGGCAGCGCCAAGGUGGCCUUCUCGGCCACGCGCAGCACCAACCACGAGCCGUCCGAGAUGAGCAACCGCACCAUGACCAUCUACUUCGACCAGGUAUUAGUUAAUAUUGGCAACCAUUUUGAUCUUGCUUCCAGUAUAUUUGUAGCACCACGGAAAGGGAUUUAUAGCUUCAGUUUCCAUGUGGUCAAGGUCUAUAACAGACAGACUAUCCAGGUAAGUUUAAUGCAAAACGGCUACCCGGUGAUUUCAGCUUUUGCAGGCGACCAGGAUGUCACCAGAGAAGCAGCCAGCAAUGGAGUCUUGCUCCUAAUGGAAAGAGAAGACAAAGUGCAUCUCAAACUGGAAAGAGGGAACCUCAUGGGAGGGUGGAAAUACUCAACCUUUUCUGGCUUCUUAGUUUUUCCACUAUAAAGAAACCAAAUGGGAGCCAGACCUUCGAGCUGGAGCAAGGAGUCCAUCCUUAAUGAGACCCCCUGAACUUGGCAGAACAUGACACUAUUUCCCCCACCCAGUGAGACUGUCGUGGUAGAAGAACGAUGACCUUCGAAACUCCAAUAUUUGCUUUGAAUAUUGACAAUUCCUCCGGAAACCUACGCCUCUAAUUAGUUUUAGAUGACGGUGAUCUUUAGGAGAAAUGAAAUGAUCGACCUGAGCAAUUUGUAUCUGUGAUUGUAAAGUCAAUUUCGGAUUUUAUUGUUGGGAUCAUUGACUUUUUUUUUUCCUUUCUGUUGUUGUUGUCCUGAUGAGACAAGUAGCUCGGACCACGCGAUGGCUUGUCAAAGGCUCCCUGCAGAGACAGAAGAAUCCACCACCCGAUUAAAUGUUCUUUCAGUGCUUUCUUUCUUUGUGUUGUAUAGCCUUAAGGGAAAAAAAAACAAUAACAAAAAAAGCAAAAUGAACAAAAAAAAAGGCUUCAGUUUCAGUCCUGUAUUUUCUGGGGGAAGGGGUAUUCUGGACAUUACUGUGUCAAGAAGUGCUUUAUCCAGUGAAGCAAAAUUUGCACGAUUGGAACCUAUUUCGUUUUUGUGUUUGUUCGUGUUUUUCAUCAACUUUUUUUUUCUUUUCUGAUUUUUUUGUGCUAAAAGUGUAAGCUAGUUUGAUCAGUAAGAUAAAACAAAGCACAUACCUAUCUGUAGCUCUAAGUAAAACUAACCAAUGAACAGUUUUGUCUGCUCUUUCCAACUGAUCUUUAUAGACUCAUUUUAGAAAGAGAGAGAGAGCUACCUGAUCCUUGAGUUACAAUCUGGAACUGGGCAAGGAAAUGACAUUCCUGAAUUGUCCUGGCAUUUCUAGAAGCAACAAUGGAGGCUUUGAAUAUCGUACCGACCAUGCCCUAAAAUAUAUUGUUUCUUUGCAUUCCAGAGUGUAUUUUGGUGCUUUUAUCUGAUAUUUAUUUGAUGUGCUUGUUCACUAAUGCCUGACUACACAUUGUGGGAGCACUUAAGGAUGACAGAUCAAAAUCUUUCCCCUCCAAGCUAAAUAAAAGAGGAUGUUCACUCUGCCUGCCAGCAUCAGGCAUAUCAACAGUUUCUAUUGGCUUCUUUGCCAGCACAUGGGGAUGGGAUAUUGGAGGCCUGAGAUUUCAGGUUUAUACAGUAUCUGUGAAUUCACCAUAAGUUAUAUUGGUUUUGUUUAUUUACUGCCUGUAUAAGCUUCUUCUUCUAAUACACAGGGUCCAAAGAGUUCUGGGUAUAGACUCCAUUCUGUACUGCAUAGCAGGAAAAGUCACUGAUUCCAAAUGCUAAAAGAUGACACCUCAGGUUGAAUUCAAAUUCAUCAUCUUUGUCUCAAGGUAACCAAAAUGCUGGACAUUUUAAAAUUCAGCAUCAAUGGGUAUGACAUCCUUCUUGCUUUUUGAAUUCUAUCCAAGGAUCAGAGUAUUUGAUUGUGUGCUUGAGAGAGACUGUACUCAUUCAAAGAGAUCUUUUGUGAGAUAUCUUAUUUUCUUUUAUAUUUAUUUGUCUUGCUAUUAAGUCCAUAUGUGACUGGGUGGAUUGGAGUAUUUUAGUCAGAUUCUCUCCUCUACCACAACUUAAAUGAAAAGAUAUUUGCAACAUGUCAGUGGUGGAUAUGUUGUAUUAGAAAAUCAUGGCGAUGUCAUUCAUUGUAAAUUUAUCAUUGAAGGGACACAACAAGUUAAAAAAUCUUAUAUUCUUAAGAAAUCCUUAUCUGUGUUGCUUAUAAUACCUCAGAUUAUUAAAAUUGAAGAAAAUUUAAAAAUCCAAUGUAUGCUUACCAUUUAUGCUGUUUGUUUACUUUGGCACUUCAUUAAGUUUGGCAAAUGAAAAACUAGUCACAUUCACUUUUGCUUUUAGAUACUUACACUUUGUGGUUCUCAUGCACAACGACUGUAUUUUGUGCUUUCAAACCCUUCAGGGGCAUGCAUAAAUCUAAAUGGAAAAAAUAUUUCCAUUGAAAUAAAAAGUAAUCAUGAAAAUAACUGUAUUAAUAUUAGCCAUUUCAAAACAUAUUUUAAAUCUACUUUUGGUUAUAAUUUAUCCAACAGAGUCCCCUCAGAAAGUAGACACUAAAGGGGAAGCAGGGACCUUAUCUUGCAGUUUCUAAGCUAACUCCAUGGGCUCCUCUGCACAAGAUGCUACUUCAGUGGUUACUGCACAUUUAUUUAGUAUUUGUAUAAUCAAGUACUAAAUAAAUGCACAGUAACCAGAGUUACUGUGCAGUAGCAUUUGUGAAUAUCUUUUAAGUGGUGUUACUGCGCAGUAGCCUAAUAAUACUGUCCAAUAGCAUAUUAGUACUGUUAGUCCUGUGAUAUGCUACUGCGUAGUAUUAUUCAGGUACUGCACAGUUAGUACCUUGUGUACAUGUGCCCCCUGACAAUUUUUUUUGUAAUCCUGCAUAUUAUAAUCAGUUGAGACUUUCCACUGCCCUCAACUUUGUCAGCAUGACAAGGUGAGAAGGACUUACCCCUGAUUCUGACCUUAGUUAAGAUGUUCAGUGAACAGAUUUCUCCAAAAUAGAGAUGUUCUGGAAGGUUACUGGUGUCGCUGAAUUUGCAGAAUCUCCAGUAGAAACCCCUCUUCCUCUUCAAGUGCAGCCAUCUCUUCCUAAUUUAUUUCUUAAAACUUAAUGGACAGAUCAGAAUUUCAACCUGUCUCUGGGUUGGAGGAAUGUCUCUGAUACAUUAUUCAUUGCCUUUCUGUCUUCUUCCAGUCCUGUGCAUCUCAUGCAAGGGUAUGCAUUUAGGAAAGUAAUAUAGAAUUUUAAAUGAAGUGCAAACUGUAUUGCAUAUUAUUAUUUCACAGCAGCUACACUGAGAGCUGUUUUCCUCUUCCCAGAGAAUUCUCUGAAAAUGUUAGCUCCCUUCCCUCCCCACUAUUUUCUUUUGCUUUAAAUGCAGUUGCUGAAUCAAAAAGGGCCCAAUCUGGUCUCGUUGAAGCAAACUGAUGCUUCAAAAGGAGCUGCGAUGUUCCAGUAGCCUGUUUGUAUCAGAAAGGGCAGAUACAGAUACACAGUAUUUCAGAAAUCAAGAAGAAACAUUAAUCGAGUUUGAUUAAAAACAACAACAACCACCUCCUAAUACAGCUAUAAUUGACAGUAAAUUUAAUUAAAAGAGAUUUAGGGUUUAAUGUGCAAGCAGUGAGAAGGUAAUGCAAUAGAAAUAGUGGCCAACAGGAGCCUGUAGAAAAGUGUCAGGGUGCCCCCAGCAGCUGCUCUAGGUGGGGAACUGAAACUCCUAAUGUUUCUUCUUUGCUGCUCAUUGGAUGAUGGAAACCAGGAGCUGCAUCAGACAUAGAGAAACAAUUACAAUGCAUCCCACUGAAUUCCUAUAGCACAAACACAGUUGGCACUUUGUCCUUCAGGUCUGUAUGCCUUCAGCUCCCACUGGAGGCAGGAGGAUGCUCAGAAUCUCUCAGGAGUGAUCAUUACUUUGCAGGAUUGAUUUGUUUGUGCUGGGAAAUACAAGACCAAAAAGAUACUCAGGAAUUCCCUUGCUUUUGUCAGGUUUUCUCUUCCUCCCUCCCUGCCUUUUAUCUUUAAAAAAGAGCAUCUUGUUUCUAUUGGGGGAUGAUUCUAUUUACUCUUAAACUAACUGUGCCCAAGUAAAGGGCAAGUUUAGAACUUGUCUACAGACUGGGUUAUUUAGGAAUACCUGAACAUAUAUUAAAGUAGUAAAUAAGGAGGCAUUCUUAUCACGGAAUAAUAUUAAUGAUGCAUGUAUUUAUUAGGAAUAGUGACUGCACUUUAAAUUCCUACCCUACUCUAGUCCACAUUCAUUUCCAAUUGUUGACAAGUCCCUAGAUAGCUAGCGUCAUCAAUGAGUUACUUUUAUCAUUACCAUGGAAAAUGAUUUGUCAGCAUAAAGUCUCUAAAACUAAUUUGUAAAAAAAAUAAAUAUAUUUGUUAAAGAGACAGUGCAUGGACCAAACAUUAAGUUGCACAACAAACACCAUCUCUAUAGUUAUAUUUGGCUUAAUGGCUUAAUGGAUCAAGGGGGGGAGUUGUUUUGUUUUUUUAAUAGUAUGUGAGCCCAGCUGUUGCUAAAUGCACUUCUUUCUGUUUUAUCAGACUCCUUAUUUGGCUUGGUUUCAUCUAUUAGAAUGAUUUGACACAUAACAUGUAGUCAUUGAUCAGAAAGCUAACUAGAUCAUAUUUCAUUAUGCUGUAAAUGCUUGGAAUUUAGAGAGGUAUAUCACAACUGCAUACCUCUGAUCUGAUACUUACAUUAUCAAGUAGGGCAAACUGAAAGUCUGCUUUCUUAGCAAAAUUUCUGAGUGCAAGGACUACUCCUGGUUGUCUAACUCAGCAUUUCUCAACCUGUGGUACAUGUACCACCAGUGAUAUGCAAACAACCUGUCAGUGGUAUGCGUUAAUGGAUUUAUUAUAAGUACUUUAUAUGACAAAAAUUUGCUGGUGGUACUUAAGGUUAUAUCAUUUUAAAUUGGUGGUGCACAAUCUCUCAGAGUUUGGGAACCAUUGGUCUAACUCACAUGAAAAAAUUCUAUUGAUAUAGAUGGGGCUACGUGCAUGGAUAAUCUGGACAGGAUUAGGUCUGAAUUAGGGAAGAAAAAGCCAUCUGUCAUAGGAUCUAAUCUUGCUUACUUUAAAACUUAGUGGUAAUAACACCAUUGACUUUUGUGGGAUCCCAUAUCUGCCUUGGACAACAUUCUUCAGCUUAAAAGUCUUAUCGUAUUGAUCAUAAAUCUGUUAAUGUAACUUGAAUCCUAGAUAAAUCUCUUUAACUCAAGGCAUUAUAAAUCAAUCUUCAAAACAAGCACAUUUCUGGUUUUACAUAACUUAAUAAACCAUACAUUUGAUUUUU